AUGCAUGUGCUAUGUUAUAAAAAAAAAAAUCGUUCACUUGCAUGUAAUAUAAUACAAAAUUUUGAUAUACGUCAAUUAUCAAAAUUACCAUUUGAAACAUUAUCGAUUUUACUUAAAGAUUCAUCAAAUGAUUUAUUAGAUGAAAUUUUACAUUCAAGUAUUUUACUUUUAUUACUUUCAUGUUUAUCAUCAAUAACACGUCAUCCACAUCGUAAACAAAAAGAUUCAAUAUCAACAUCAUUAUCAAUUCCAACAA